AACACUCUUUUCUUCACAGCUCCUAAAACAUGUCUACAUUGUUUACAUUAUGAAGAAAUACCAGUUUGCUGUCUGGGGACCAACUUGUUUUCAGAUCAUAGACUUAAUGGAGCGCACCUGCCUCAUUCACAUUCACAUUCGCAAACCGAGAUGCAGUGCCUCAGUUUUAUGUACCUCUCUUUGUUGAUACUCUAACACUGCAUUUGAAUUAAAGAGAGUACACUGGAGCAUAUAUAUUGCAGAAGAAUAAACAACCUUAUGGAAGGUUUUACCUUGCUUCUGUUCUGCCUUGCCUUGCUGAAUAGUAUAGCAGCUGCCACUGUGAGAGAAACUAUUAGCACAUUGCAAUCAAUCAAUGAUGACCAGAUCAUAGUUUCACCUGGCAAAACCUAUGCACUUGGAUUCUUCAGUCCAGGCAAUUCGAAGAACCGUUACGUGGGAAUUUGGUAUAAUGAGAUCCCAACACAGACUGUAGUAUGGGUUGCCAACAGAGACAACCCUCUUGCAGACUCAUCAGGGGUUUUGAAGCUCAAUGAAACUGGAGCUCUAGUCCUUCUCAACCAUAACAAGAGCGUUGUCUGGUCUUCCAACGCAUCGAAGCCAGCGCGGUAUCCGGUUGCGAAGCUUUUGGAUUCUGGAAAUCUCGUUGUGCAGGACGGAAACGACACCAGUGAAACAAAAGAUUUAUUGUGGCAAAGUUUUGAUUAUCCGGGGGACACGAUCUUGCCGGGACAGAAGUUUGGAAGAAAUCUAGUUACGGGCCUGAAUCGAUUCAUGUCAUCAUGGAACAGCACUGAUGAUCCAUCACAAGGGGAAUAUAGUUAUCAAAUUGAUAUUAGCGGAUAUCCGCAGCUCGUUUUAAGAGAAGGCGCUUUCAAAAGAUAUCGUUUUGGAUCGUGGAAUGGUAUUCAGUUUAGUGGGGCACCUCAGCUGAAGCAAAAUAAUUUUACUAGAUUUAGUUUUGUUUCUGAUGAGGAAGAGUUGUAUUUUAGAUUUGAGCAGACCAACAAGUUCGUUUUUCAUAGGAUGCAGUUAUCAACAGAUGGAUAUAUCCUGGGGGAUUAUUGGAAUACUGAAGAAAAAGUUUGGAGCUUGCAUGGGAAAAUUCCUGUGGAUGACUGUGAUUACUAUGACAAAUGUGGAGCCUAUGCUAGCUGUAAUAUAAACAAUGUCCCUCCGUGUAAUUGCUUGGACGGAUUCGUACCCAAAACGGAUGAUAUAUACGGUGGUUGUGUCAGGAGAACUUCACUUAGUUGUCAUGGAGACGGGUUUUUGAAGCUUUCAGGGUUGAAACUACCAGACACAGAGAGAUCCUGGUUUAAUAGAAGUAUUAGCCUUGAGGAUUGCAGGACAUUGUGCAUGAACAAUUGCUCCUGUACAGCUUAUGCAGCCUUGGAUGUCAGUAAAGGGCCAACUGGGUGUUUACUCUGGUUUGAUGAUCUGGUUGACAUAAGAGAUUUCACUGAUGUUGAUGAAGAUAUAUAUAUAAGGGUGGCUGGGACAGAAAUAGAAGCUAUUGAAGGAAAGCAAUUACAUAAAUCCAACAUCCGGAAGCCACAGACUGUUUUCAUAAGUUGUGUGUUGUUUAUUGCAAUUUUAAUCUUAUGCUUAACCUUCAUCAUUUAUAGACGGUGGAAGACACGGCAGAAAGGAGGAAAGAUGAAAGACAAACUAGAAAGGGAUGCAAGUGUAAUAUAUGAGCACGAGAAGGAUGACCUAGAGUUACCCAUGUUUGAAUGGUCUACAAUUACUUGUGCAACCAAUAACUUUUCACCUGACAACAAACUAGGGGAAGGUGGUUUUGGAUCAGUUUAUAAGGGUAUCCUGGACGAUGGAGGAGAAAUAGCUGUCAAGAGGCUCUCAAAGAAUUCGAGCCAAGGACUACAAGAGUUCAAAAAUGAAGUUAUGCAUAUUGCAAAGCUUCAGCACAGGAAUUUAGUGAGGCUACUAGGGUAUUGCAUUCAAGCAGAAGAAAGACUGCUUGUUUAUGAAUUUAUGGCCAACAAAAGCUUGGAUUCCUUCAUAUUUGAUGAAAACAAGAGCAUGUUACUAGAUUGGCCAAGGCGGUCGCUAAUUAUCAAUGGGGUUGCUCGGGGUCUUCUUUAUCUUCAUCAAGAUUCAAGGCAUAGAAUAGUUCACAGAGAUCUCAAAGCCGGGAAUGUUUUGUUAGAUAGUGAAAUGAACCCAAAGAUCUCGGACUUUGGACUGGCUAGAAGCUUUGGAGGAAACGAAAUCGAAGCAACUACAAAGCAUGUAGUUGGAACCUAUGGCUAUCUGCCUCCAGAGUAUAUAAUUGAUGGAGCUUAUUCAACAAAGUCAGAUGUUUUCAGCUUCGGCGUGUUGAUAUUGGAGAUAGUGAGUGGGAAGAGAAAUAAAGGGUUCUGUCAUCAAGAUAAUCUUCUGGCACAUGUAUGGAGGCUAUUUACUGAAGGCAAAUGCUCUGAAAUAGUUGAUGCAACAAUAAUAGACUCACUCAAUUUACCUGAAGUGCUAAGAACAAUUCACGUGGGACUACUGUGUGUGCAACUAAGUCCAGACGACAGGCCGAACAUGUCAUCUGUGGUUCUGAUGCUGAGCAGUGAAUCUGAACUGCCUCAGCCAAACUUGCCUGGAUUCUUUACAAGUACAAGUAUGGCUGGCGAUAGUUCUUCAUCAAGCAGUUAUAAACAAUACACAAAUAAUGACAUGACAGUAAGCAUAAUGUCUGCUAGAUAGGUUGCAUUUCAAACUUAAUCUUGGAGUGGUGUAAUAUCUGAUUGUGGAUAAGUAUUGGGUAAAGCAAUUGCUUUUCAUAUGUGUAUUUCUGAGAUCAGAUGCAAGUUAUUUCAGUAAAUAUUUCAAAUUGAGUUUAACAGGCAUGCUGUGUCAGUUUUUCCACUAUCAA